AAAUCCAUUCUUGUGCCGUUUCUCGGAAAAGCUUUUCAGUAAAUGCACUCAUGCUGCUCCAGGAGCUCUUCUCUGCAACAAGCCACCCAUCUGCCAUCAACAAGUUAAGACCAAGAGAACUAACGGCUGCGGAAAGGAGACUGAAGCUUUGAUUAACCAGCUGAGCAGUUAGAGGUGGAGAAAUUUAAUAACUUAUAUUCAAAACUGAUUUAGGGAUCAGAGCAAUCACAGAAAAUGAAACCAAUGCUUUCCAGAGGAAUAUCCUAAGGAAAAAACAACUCAUCCUGGUGGAUUCAAUUUUACUUGGAAAGCCUGGGACACAGAAAACAGGAAACUGGUCAAAGGCUCCUACAUGUUAGAGCCUUUUACAGACUCACUGCGUUGAGUCUAACAACCGCGACUGAAUGCAGCCUCCAAUGUGCUCAGAAGAAUGGGCUUACAUUUCAAGUGGCCAUUAGGGGCCCCUAUGCUGGCAGCAAUAUAUGCAAUGAGUAUGGUUUUAAAAAUGCUGCCUGCCCUGGGUAUGGCGUGUCCACCCAAAUGCCGCUGCGAGAAGCUGCUCUUCUACUGCGACUCUCAGGGCUUCCACUCAGUGCCAAACGCCACAGACAAGGGCUCUCUGGGCCUGUCCCUGAGGCACAAUCACAUCACAGAGCUCGAAAGAGAUCAAUUUGCCAGCUUCAGUCAACUUACUUGGCUCCACUUAGAUCACAAUCAAAUUUCAACAGUAAAAGAAGAUGCUUUUCAAGGACUAUAUAAACUUAAGGAAUUAAUCUUAAGUUCCAACAAAAUAUUUUACUUGCCAAACACAACUUUUACUCAACUGAUUAACCUGCAAAAUUUGGACCUGUCUUUUAAUCAGCUGUCAUCUCUGCACCCAGAGCUCUUCUAUGGCCUUCGGAAGCUGCAGACCUUGCAUUUACGUUCCAACUCCCUGCGGACUAUCCCAGUACGCCUGUUCUGGGACUGUCGUAGUCUGGAGUUUCUGGAUUUGAGCACAAACCGUUUGCGAAGUUUGGCUCGCAAUGGAUUUGCAGGAUUAAUUAAACUGAGAGAGCUUCACCUAGAGCACAACCAGCUGACGAAGAUUAAUUUUGCUCAUUUCCUACGGCUAAGCAGUCUGCACACACUCUUCUUACAAUGGAACAAAAUCAGCAACUUGACAUGUGGGAUGGAGUGGACCUGGGGCACUUUAGAAAAGCUAGACCUGACUGGAAAUGAAAUCAAAGCCAUCGACUUGACAGUGUUUGAAACGAUGCCUAAUCUUAAAAUACUCCUCAUGGAUAACAACAAGUUAAACAGCCUUGAUUCCAAGAUCUUAAACUCCCUGAGAUCCCUCACAACCGUUGGCCUCUCUGGCAAUCUGUGGGAAUGCAGCGCCCGAAUAUGUGCUCUGGCCUCCUGGCUGGGCAGUUUCCAAGGUCGGUGGGAGCACUCCAUCCUAUGCCACAGUCCUGACCACACCCAAGGAGAGGAUAUUCUAGAUGCAGUCCACGGAUUUCAGCUCUGCUGGAAUUUGUCAACCACUGUCACUGUCAUGGCUACAACUUAUAGAGAUCCAACCACUGAAUAUACAAAAAGAAUAAGCUCAUCAAGUUACCAUGUGGGAGACAAAGAAAUCCCAACUACUGCAGGCAUAGCAGUUACUACCGAGGAACACUUUCCUGAACCAGACAAUGCCAUCUUCACUCAGCGGGUAAUUACGGGAACAAUGGCUUUAUUGUUUUCUUUCUUUUUUAUUAUUUUUAUAGUGUUCAUCUCCAGGAAGUGCUGCCCUCCCACUUUAAGAAGAAUUAGGCAGUGCUCAAUGGUUCAGAACCACAGGCAGCUCCGAUCCCAAACACGACUCCAUAUGUCAAACAUGUCAGACCAAGGACCGUAUAAUGAAUAUGAACCCACCCAUGAAGGACCCUUCAUCAUCAUUAAUGGUUAUGGACAGUGCAAGUGUCAGCAGCUGCCAUACAAAGAAUGUGAAGUAUAAUAUCUACCCGUCAUCAAAAAUCACAUCAGAUAAGUAACCUAUUUUACAUAGUAGAGGCUAAAUACAUAUCUAAUUUUUACCAAUGGUGACAUUAAGCCUAAUUUUCCAAACUAAGUGGAGACUUAGUUUUUGAAGUGUUGAAGUAUUUUUAAUUUUUUAAAUGAAACCAUAUUUUAAGUGUUAAAUGAAUCAAUGCUCACAUUAAUUUGCACUCCUGUUGGAAAGUCUAAAAUGCUUACUUCAAAAUAAGAAAUGUAUGUAAUUAUAUACAAUCGUGUGUAAACCUUUACACUAAGGUCUCCAUAUGCUAUUUUUUUCUACUGAAAACAAUUUAGAAAGAAGCUAUUGGGCAGAAACAGAUAUAGAUCAAUACCUGUUUGAUCACUGCUCUCCAUCCCAUGUACCACAACUAUCUUGCUGCUUAAAAGGAGACUUAGUAAAGUUCUCUUGUAUGAUAAUUUGGUAUUUACUCAAAUCUUCAAUUUCUUGCCAGUGUGGGAAGUAGAAUUUCAUGUAUGCUGAAGACUGGUAAAUACUAAACAUUCUUCUUCCAGAGUUUCUGCCUGGGUUAGUAGGUAUUAUCAAAGUCCAUAUCAUGAAAUCAGAACCCUUUAAUGUAAUUCUAAUAAGCUGAGUGACUCUUUAAUAUAUUUACACAAUGAAUCCAAGUGACUGUGAAAAGGUCUCAUUACAAUGAAAUCAAUCCUAAAUAAUUACACCGACUUCUUAUACAUUUCUCGUUUGACUUAUAAUGGACAUGAUUUUUGUGGCAUUUAGACAAUUGUUUUAAACUAGUAUUAAAUUGUCAUUGUACUAAUUAAUGUACUAAAUCCUAUGUUUACAUUAAUAUGUGAAAAAAGAUUUAGAAAAUAUUUUGGAGAUAAACAAGACAAAAUGAGUCAAUUUAACAAUCCUGACAUGCUCCCUCCAAUUUAAAAGCGCACACACACACACACACACACACACUCGUGCUCUCUCUCUCUCUCAACUAUCAUGAUCAAAGAUGCCUUGACAAAGGGGUUUAAACCUCUUUCUUCUGCUUUUUCCUGAUCUUCAAACCUCAAAGAGCCAAGUUAAAAAUAAUUGGCUAGCAACAGGCAUAACACUGAUUCUUCUUGUAUUACAAAGGAACCAUGAAAAAAAACACUUUCUAACUAUUAUAUAAUAAAUUUCGAUCUUUCAAUAAAGAUACGCAUUCAUGCUGUAAGUGUAGUUCAGUGUAGGUGAAGAAAACAGCAUCACUGAGAUGAAUCUUAUGGUAGAACAACUCGACAUGCCUAUGCAGCCACACAGUGGUAACUUGAAGGCAGCACGGAGGUGAGGGAUUAAAAGGAAAGGCAGAUUUUGAAAUCCGACUCUCAGGUUAGCUGGAGUUUAAAAGGCAGCCAAGAAUGAUUAUACACAAUCUGCACCAAAUAGGGAAAGGACCUGCUGCUGAAAAGGGAAGAGGGGUAGAUUCUCCAAUGUAAAUAUAAACAUUCCAUAAUUAACAAGUGAUAAGGAUGCCACAUUUUUCAUGCAGAAAAGAACCACAGGUAUUCAGUUUCUUGUAUUAUGAUUUCUAAAGAAAACCUAUUACAUAUUUGGAAUUUAGAUGCAAGCUACUCAUUCACACAGAAUUUUUCCAUAAACAUCGUUCCAUAUAUUGAAAAAACUGUAAAAUUAUAGCACUAACUUGAUUUUAGAAAAUGAGCAUUUUUUACAACUGCCCUUUACUGUAUGUAGAAAAAAGACAUAAAACCUUAGAGAAAGCCACUACCAUUUUUAAAGUUAUCUUUUCCCCAACAUCAACAUGAACAUGAUAUCCUUCAUUCAGGGCAUAUUUUCUUCCCAGGAUCAAACUGAAAACAUGUUAAGGCUAUAGUUUAACCAGUAAGAUUUAAUCACAAUUUUUCUUCUUUAAUACUAAGAGAUGGGUACCUUAGUACCCGUCACCUAACAUCUCUCGGUAAAAAGCAGACAAGAUCACAAAUUACAGUAAAAAUGUGCUCUCUUUUUUAAGGUGGGCAGAUUAGUUUGUCAAAGUCUCAGACCAGUUCAAUUCAGUUAUCUCGAGCGGUGAGUAUUUCGUCUCUUGUUAAACCAGACCCUGGGCUUGUCUGGGCAGAGACAGGAGCUGAUUUAACAGCAUAGAGCACAGCGCCCUACUUCCCCACAGACAGGCUGAAUUAGAAGCCCCUAUUACAAAUAAGAGCACCAUGGGCUAAAAUUUACCAACCCAUUUAUCAGGACGACCAUUGCCAUUUGUCAGGUGACAGACAGCUUGGUCACAACACAACUGUGUCCUGAGCACACAAGAUUCCAUCAGCCCUGAAGGACAGCAGGAGUAUUUUCCAUCAUUUCAAACCACAACCAAAAUUAAGAUUCAAACUGUGAGAUGGGUAAGAAAUCCCCUUCUUUGGCUGGGAAUCUCCACCUUAAUCCUUAAAGGACCAUAACUGGCAAAAUCCUUAGUGUACGGACAAAAGCAAAUUGGAAUAGCAAGCCAUUUACUAAUUCAGAGGAACAGCAUAGCCAAGGCUAGCAAGGCAUACUUUCCAGUUGAAAAAAAUCAAAAUUUUUUGCCUUCCAUUUUUCUGGGUAAUGUCCUUUAAGAAAAGUGAAUGACAGUAGUACCAAAAAGGUAUUUUCCUUUCUCAUUUAAAAGCAAAAACCUCUCUUUUUAAUUGCCUGUAGAAGGCAAGAUUUCCUUUCAUUUUUGUCCAUUUGUGUUUCAGAAUCAGCACAGGUUUGAAGAUCAGACUGUUAGUCAUCUGUGCUUUCUUUACCAACUGGCUAGAACGGAACAGCAUCACAGCAACGCUGCGGAUCUUGGUUACACAGAGUCAGAGCUUUUGUUUUUUGGUGGGGUUUUAUCCUCUUCACCACCACCACCCACUCCAUUUUUUUUCUAUUUUUAAGAUUAGAGGAAAAUGACCAUUAAGAACCAGAAAAAUAAUUAAUCUCUCUGGAAAAAAGAAAGCUAAAUAAGACUAUGAUACCAUACCCACCUAGAAACCAAGAACUAGUUUGAAAUUGUUUAUAUUCAUUUCUGUAGCAUGACAGGCAUUUCAAUUACCUUUCUGAAAAGAGUGGGCUGAUAAACUUGGAAAUCCACACACAAGUCUGAGAAUACCCACUGCCAGAAUCAAAAAGCAAAGAUACUAAUUUUUUAAGCCAAAAAUCUGUACUAACACAUGUAAUUUCUUAAUGUGCCUAAGUUAAUUUCUGUACCAAUUCAAUAAAUGGAAUUGACUGAACUUCCCAACGCCACUAAUUAUUAAAAUCCAUCUGCUUAUUCUAAUGCUAGUCACCAAGAGCUAGACUCCAUCUUUCCAAUAAAAAUGAGCCCUAUGUAGCACCAGGUUUGAAUUCUAAAAUUCAAAACAGGCAUUUCAUUUUCUUAAGGCACACUUCCUACACACAGCUAUCAGGGGAAAAAAGCUAUAAAUGUCCCGUUCUUUUUCUGAAGUGUGUAUAUCAAUAUAAAAUUUGUUAAAGAAUAUUUUUAACAGCUGACUUACAUGAUCGUUUUCCUAAUACAGCAAUACAGCGACAGACCUAUCUGAAAAAUCUGUUUGGGUACAUACUUUUCAUAUCUUAUUGAUUAAAGCCCUUGAGCCAGGAAAACAAAAAAAAAAAGAGAGAGACAGGCCAUCUAUAGAUAAUUAAAUAUUUCUCUAUCUAACCUGGGGCAAACUCAUAGUACUUGAAUAAGGCCAAAAACAAAUAGAAAAUGACUGUUUAAGCUUUCAUUCUGCUAUUGCAAACAUUUGGAAACUUCUGCAACUCUUUCAACUAACAUUUCUGUCCUUAGUGUUUUUUUUUUUUUUUUAAGUCUGAUAUAUGGAAUGUUUGGUGAACCUUCCUAUCAACACUGAGACUGGAAACUCAAAGUACAGUCCAAAUACAUUGUGUUCAAUCACCUUCAAGAGCCAUUUUUCUUUUUGGGUGGGAGGUGGGCAGCUGGGUUGAGGGUGGGAAGAAAAUACUAUUAUGCAGGGUGUUUUGGGAGGGGGUAGGGUAACAUAAAGCAGUGUACAGGAAAGUUUUGUUAUUAAAAUUGUGUAUACUGUAAAAA